AUGAGCCAUAGGAGAAAUGAACGCAAAUAUAAAGAAAAAGUUUAUCAGAAAAAUCAAAGAAUAAGAAGGAAAUAUUCGUCUUCGUCUGAUAAUGAAGAUGAAAGAAGAGCAAAAAAAAUGUAUUUAUCUUCAUCUGAAGAUAAUAAAAGAAUAAAAAAAGGAUACCCUUCUUCUUAUAACGAUAAAAAGAAGAAAAAAUAUUUAUCUUCUGAUGAUAAUUAUAGUAAUCCUAGUAGCAGUGAAAAUGAUGAUCUGAAAAAGCAAAAAGUACAAAAAAAUAAUCUAAAGAGCUCUUCACAUUCAGGAAGUAAUAUAAAUAAAAAGAGAACAAAGAAUAUUAAGAAUGACAAAGAAAUAAUGCAUGGAAAAUAUAAAAAUGAUAUCGAAAAAAAAAAAAAAAUUGAAAACAAGAAGGAUAGAAAUGUUUUUAUUGAUGAUUCUAAAGAUAGAUUUGAUUUAGUAUAUAAAGAUAACAAUAACGAAAAAAAAGAAUUCAUAAGUUUAGAAUUAAAUAAGAGUGAUAAAAACGAUGCAGAGUAUAAAGAAGUGAUUAAUUCCAAGGAUACAAAGAUAAAUGAAAAAGUUUUAAAUGAAAGAACAGAAGAAAAACAUAAAUAUAGUCAAGAAUAUAUAAAAAAAGUAGAAAACGAUAAAAAGAACGAUUACGUAGAUGAAGAAAAAAAAAUAUUAAAAAAAAAUAAUACUGGUGAAAAAGAAAGAGAGAAGAAUAUUGAUGAAGAAAAAAUUAAGGAUGCAGAAAGUGGAGAGAAAAAACAAAUCGAAAAGAGAAGAAAUUUAAUAGUAGGAAAAAAGAGAGAUAAUAAAAGCAUUGUAGAGAAAGAUUUAGAAAAAAGUAACAAAAAAGAAGGACACAAAACGAGAGAGAAAAGAAAGAGUGAAGAGAUGUAUAUGCAAAAAUUGAUAAAAAAAAAAAACGAAGAAGAAGAAAAUGAUAGAGAGAAAUAUAAAGAGAACAAUAGAAAGAUAGAUAUUGAAAAAGAAAAAGAAGAGGAAAAAAAAAAAAAAAAAAGAGAAAAAUAUAUUGAGAGAGAAUAUGAAAAAUGUGAUAAAGAGAAAAAAUUAUGCAUUAAUGAUAUUGAAAAACAUAAAAAGUAUUCGAGUUCUAGUAAUAAGUAUAAAGAAAAAAAAGAAAUUGACAAAAUUAUAAGAAAUGAAAAUAAAAAUACAAGCAAUUAUGAAAAUGAAAUGGAAAAAGACCAACAAAUUAAAAAUGAAGAAAAAAAGUAUACAAGUGAGUGUGAUAAAGUAAUUAUUAAUACGACUGAGAAAAAGAGAAAGAGAUAUGAUAGUAGUAAUGAUAAAAAAAAAAAUUAUAUACACAAAUCAAAUAAGAGUUCAGAAGAUGAUAUAAAAAGUAGAAAGGGAGAAAUAAAUAGUAAGUCUAAAUAUUCAAAAGAAGAUACUCUAAAAAAAAAGAAAUAUAAGAACAUAAAGGAUGAUAGAAAAAGUAUGAAAAAUAAAAGUAGGGAAAGAAAUGAUAGUAAAAAAAACUAUAAGGAUAAAGAAAAAAAUAUUUUAUACAUGAAAAUGAAUAAAGAAAAUGUUGGAUCUAGUAGUGAAUAUUCAAAUAGUAAAAAAAAAGAAAAAUUAUCAUACAUUAAAAAAGAAGUUAUGUCGUCUUCAUCAUAUGAUUUAAGUGAAAUUUGUAUUGAAAGAAAAAGAACAAAUAAAACAGAUAAAAAAAUGAAUACCAAUGAAGAAAAGGAAAAAAAGAGAUAUAAAACAAAUUACAGAAACAAAAGAAGUUUAAGUUACGAAAAAAGAAGUGUUCAUAUUAGAAAUAGUAUUAGUAGUAGAAGUAUUAGCAGCAGUAGUAAUAGUAGUGUAAGUAAUAAAAGUAGUUAUGAUAAUAGUAGCAAUGUAUGUAAAACUGUUAGUAGUAGUAAAAGAAGUAGUAACAAUAGUAGGAGUAGUAGUAGCAGUGCUAGUAGUAGUAGUAGUAAUAGUAAUAGUAGUAGUAGUAGUAGAAGUAGUAGUAGAAGAAAUAGUAAUAGUAGUAGUAGAAGUAAUAGUAGAAGAAGUAGUAAUAGUAAUAGUAGUAGUAGAAGUAAUAGUAGAAGAAGUAGUAAUAGUAAUAGUAGUAGUAGAAAUAAUAGUAGAAGAAGUAGUAAUAGUAAUAGUAGUAGUAGAAGUAAUAGUAGAAGAAGUAGUAAUAGUAAUAGUAGUAGUAGAAGUAAUGAUAAAAUAAACUAUGAUAUGAGUGAAACUUCUUAUAGUAGUGAUAGAAAAAUAAAAAAAAAUAAAAAAAGAAAACUUAUGAAUAAAGUAAAUAAAAGAAGUAGUGGAAAAAGUAACAGUAGUAAUAGAAUAGAAAGUAAUGAUAGUUGUGACAUAAAAAAAAAAAAAAAUAAUAAGGAAAAGAAAUAUGAGGAAAAAGAAUAUAAUCCAUUUGAAGAAGAUGAAAAUGGAAAUUUAGAAAUUAAUGAGGAUCUAAUUGAAUAUGCAAAAAAAAAAAUUGCAAAUGUUACUACCGAAGAUAUAGGAAAAUCAGGAGGAGUAUAUAUACCACCUUUUAAAUUAGAAAGAUUAAAAAAUGAAGUUACAGAUAAAAAAAGCAUUUUAUAUCAAAAACAAGAAUGGAUGAAAUUAAAAAAAAAAAUUAAUAACAUUGUUAACAAAGUAAAUGUUGAUAACAUUAGUGAAAUAUGUUAUGAAUUAUUUGAAUGCAAUUUAAUAAGAGGAAAAGGAAUAUUUAGUCGUGCAUUAAUACAUGCUCAAUUGAGCUCUCCUGCUUUUACUAAUGUAUUUGCAUGUCUUCUGUCAAUAGUUAAUUCAAAAUUUCCUAACAUUGGUUUGUUAACUAUACAGAGAGUUAUAUUACAUUUCCGUAGAGCAUAUAAAAGAGGAGAUAAAAUUUUAUGUUUCAAUACAGUUAAAUUUAUUGCUCAUAUGAUAAAUCAAAGAAUAUUACAUGAAAUAGUUGGUUUACAACUGUGUUCUCUACUCUUACAAAAUAUAACUAACGAUUCAGUACAAGUAUGCACAUAUUUUCUAGUAGAUGUUGGUCAGCUAUAUAUGAAUAUUUGCAGAAAAGGAUUGGAUAUAAUUUUUGAUAGAUUAAAAGAUAUAAUACAGGAGGGUAAGAUAAAUAUCAAAACACAAUAUGAUAUUGAAAAGCUAUGGAAAUACAGAAAAAAUUAUUUUAGUGAAUUUCCUACUGCUAUUGAAGAGUUAGAUUUAAUUGAUGAAAAUGAAAAAAUAGUUCAUGAAAUUGAUCUUCUUGAUGAGAGUUUUAGUAAUCAAGAAGAAUUGAAUAUAUUUAAAGAAGUUCCUUAUGAACAAUUUGAAGAAGAAAAUAUAGAAUGGAAUAAUAUUUCAAAUGAAUUAUUACAUGGAGUUGUGCCUGAUAAAAAAGGAAAAAAGAAAAUGAAAAAAAAUGAACCCGAUAGCUAUUUGUCAGAUGGAAGCAGUAUUGACUCGGAAAAUGAAGAUAUUUAUAAAGAAAAUAAUGAAGAGGAGGAUAAUGAAGAAGGUGAAGAAGAAAGUAGUAGCGAUAGUGAAGAAGAUAAUAAUGAUGAAGAGGAUACAGACAAUGAUGAAAACGAAGAAGAGAAUGAAAAAAACAAAGAAGAAAUUAAGGAUAUGACUGAACAGUAUCUUAUAAAUUUAAGAAAAAAUGUAUAUUUAUCUAUAAUGUCAUCAUUAAGUUUUGAAGAAUGUGUGCAUAAAUUAUUAAAGUUAAAUAUAAAAAAAGGAUACGAAAUAGAAAUUUGUAAUAUGUUAAUAGAUUGUUGUUGUAUGGAGAAAACAUUUCAAAAAUUUUAUGCUUUGCAAGCAGAAAGAUUGUGUAAACUAAAAAAAAUUUAUCAAGAAAAUUUUGAAAAAUGCUUUGAAAAUUCUUAUAAUACUGCGCAUAGAUUAGAAACGGCGAAAUUAAGAAAUUGUUCAAAGUUUUUCGCUCAUUUAUUAUAUACAGAUGCUAUAUCGUGGAGUGUUUUUAUGAUUAUUAAAUUAACAGAAGAAAAUACUACUUCAUCAACAAGAAUAUUUAUUAAAAUUUUAUUACAGGAAUUAACUAAUAAUUUAGGUUUACAAAUAUUAUAUCAAAAAAUAAACCAUCCUUCUAUAUCUCCAUUUUUAGGUGGUUUAUUCCCAACAGACAACGCUCAAAAUAUCAGGUUUUGUAUCAAUUUUUUUACUGCUAUUGGUUUAGGUGCGUUAACAACAUCAAUGAGGAAAUUGUUAUUAAAUUGA